CAGGAGGAACUCCCCAACCCUUCCAUCCUGGCUGAGCCAAGCACCCUGAUACCCCGGGGGGAGGCCUGCCAACCGGGGUUGAAAACAGAAAGGCUUUAUCUUCUCCUGGGGCUCUCUGUGGCCUUCCUCCUUUGUUUCCUCCUCCUUUUCUGGCUCCUUCAGAAACAGCAAGACUCAGUCCAGACCUCAGCUGCAGGAGGCCCCCAGGAGGUGACAUAUGCUCAGCUAGACCACCGAGUGCUCACACAGAAAGCGUCCCCAACUUCCGUAUCUCCCCAGGGGGAAGAGACCACAGCUGAGUCCAGCAUGUAUGCAACCCUGGCCAGACGCUGA